UAUCAUUAUGUCUACAGACAGAUAAGAGAGCUAGUCAUCGAAAACACACACAUACAAUUAAACACCUAGAAUAGAAUAAUAUUACUCAACUAAAGGUUAAAAUAAUUACCAUCAUACAGUGACAAUGGAUCCAAAAAUAUUGUGUUCAGUUUUGGUCCUAACACUUUUUAUUUGCAUACAUCCAACAUCAGCACUGUUUUGUUAUCAAUGCAGAGGAGAUACCAACAAUUCUGAUUGUGAACUCAAUGUCCUUACUUCAGCGUAUCAACAAAAUUGCACAACUGGUUUUGUCUGUGCUUCUUAUAUAGUUGAAAGUUCGACCCAAUACAUGGUCAACAGGGGAUGUUUCGAGCCUAACGUUUGUGACGUGGUCAACGCCGAUAGUUCACAUGUCAUUGGCGUAAACCGGACUGUCAAACUGUGCACAACGUGCAGUUCGAGUGACCUGUGCAAUGCCGCACAUCCAGUCACAUACAGCGCAAUGCUUCUAGUAUUCGUUCCAAUAGCAACAUUUAUUUAUAACUAUUUUUAAUUAUUUUUUUGUUACUGAAGUAUUUAUUUCAAAAUUCGUACAAUGCAGAUUCUGUAAAAUUUUGUCUAAUAAUAGAUUAUUAAUAGAUUACGUUAGUAUGCUCAUAAUGCCCUGCUGGGCAUUAUCGUAUACUGGCUAACACACGAUGGGCAUUAUCGUAUACUAACACGCGUGAUGCAUACAAGAUUUAGGUUAUCAGUAUUUUAGUAUUUUUGAAUAAGUUUCAAUAUAAAAUGUCAAUAUUAAAAAGUGUUUUGAUGACUGUGUGAUGAGCAACAUUUAUUUUUCCUCCUUUUACUAUUUUUUAAUACCAAAGAAUUUAUUUCAACAUUUAUGCAAUACAGAUUCUGACAAAUUUUGUUUUAUAAUAGAUACACUUAUGUACUUAAGGCGGUAGUACCUAUGUCCAUAAUGCCCGGUGGGGCAUUAUAGUAUACUAACGUACGAUGGGCAUUAUCGUAUAUCGACACCCUUGAUGCAUAGAGUAUUUUAUUGUUUACUUAUUCAUCAGUAAUUUAGUAUUUUUGGUUGUGAACUUUUUAUACAAAAUGUAAUAGCUUUUGGUUGUUGUUUUAUAUGCCCAAUAAUUUGUACUGUGUUACUAGAAGUUUGUUUAUUAAUUCUUUGAAAUAUCGUACAGUAGUAUAUGUAUUAUAUGUAAUGUCCAGGCGUGUUAUAGGUUUGUUUACGUAUUUCGUAUCCUAGCAAUAAUCCUGAAGUUAAAAAUGGAAAUAAUAAUUAGAAUAGAAUUGUUGUUUUGAACACAGAAGAAUUUUGGUGAAAUCUUUACAUGUUUCUUAAUAUUAAAUUAGUUAUCUGAAUAUGAUUUUAUUUUUAAUUAACAAUAUUUUUAAGCUAGAUUAAACCAAUAUAGAAAAAUGUGUAUAGGAUAGAACACGAUUUGUCAAAUUACAUUUUAAGAAUAUAUAUAAUAC